CAGAGCCCGCGGCGGCGGCGGCGGCGGACCAGGAUGGAAAGGGAGCUGCCCGGCCCCCCGCGGCUUCUGGAGCCCCGCUGAAGCCGCCACGGAGACGCGGAAACGUCGCGCUGAGGCCGAGAUGUGCCUGCGCCGGGGUGAGCCGCGGAGGACAGCCCGGGACUUCCGAACCCGCCCCAGACCCUCUGAUGGCCUGAGUGUGGGGGACUUCCGGAAGGUGCUGAUGAAGACGGGGCUGGUGCUGGUGGUGCUGGGCCACGUGAGCUUCAUCGUGGCAGCUCUACUCCAUGGCACCGUGCUGCGCUACGUGGCUGCCCCCCACGAUGCUGUGGCUCUGCAGUACUGCAUGGUCGACAUCCUCUCUGUCACUUCCGCCAUCCUGGUCAUCACCUCAGGCAUUGCAGUCAUCGUGCUGUCACGCUACCUCCCCAGCGUGCCCCUGCGCUGGACAGUGUUGAGCUCGAGCGUGGCCUGUGCCCUUCUCUGUCUGACCUGUGCUCUUGGCCUCUUGGCCACGAUCGCCGUGACCUUUGCCACCCAGGGACGGGCACUGCUGGCCGCCUGCACUUUUGGGAGCCCCGAACUACUGGCACUGGCGCCCGACUGUCCCUUCGACCCCACGCGUAUUUACAGCUCCAGCCUGUGCCUCUGGGGCAUCUCGUUACUGUUCUGCAUGGCAGAGAGUGUAUUUGCUGUGCGCUGCGCCCAGCUCGCCCACCAGCUGCUGAAACUGAGGCCCUGGUUGGGGAAAAGCAACCACCACUUGGAGAGCCCGGAGCCCGUGGAGGACCGAGACCUGCUGAGUUACACCAGCUCUGAGCCACUGACCCUCUGACAGCUGAUGCCUCACCCGGGCACCCUGGCCACCGGGGCCCUGCAACCAAGUCUGCACUGUGAUCAGGCCAGGAUUCCUGGAGCCAGCCAAGAAGGCUCAAUGGCCACUCCAGGACCUGGGUGGGGCUUUCAACUCCCUUGCCCAGCCACCCAGCUCACUGCACUGAAACAAGACUUUAUUCUGAAGUUAUUAAAAAGAACAGAGAUGCUCCACAUGGAUGCAUGCAGCUGGGGAGAGGGCUCGGCCGGGGGGGGGGGGGGCCUGUGCUUCUUUCCUACACAAGACACUGUGGGUGAGGCUCUAGGUGUGUCUGCCCAUCUGUCUGUGGGCCUGUGUGUGUGGCUGAAGAGGCAAGAUUCACAGAGGGGUCAGUGGGUUUGUUUUCAUCCAAGUGCUGAGAUACAAGCAGGGGUGCAUGGGACCCACGGUAGGGGGCGGUCUGGAAUCAGGAGAUUUUCCUUUUGCAUCAUGGCCUCCAGGCCAACAAGGGCUGGAGCAGGAAGGGUUGAGGCCCUCCUGCAGGGAAGGACAGCGCAAGGAAGGUUUUUCCUCCAACCCCCCACACCUCUGGAAUCUUUCUCUCCCCUCCAAAUAAAGACAGGCUCCUUACCUGGG